AUGUUCCGUUGCUCGACAAGUCUACACCCACACACAACACAUUUCGCCUUGGAAGACCGCGUACUCCUUAUGUGGAUCUUGUUCAUGAACCUUUGUGUCCUCGGUUAUGCUAAAGUUUACAAUCGUCUUUUCGAGGAUUUGUUAGGAAGGUACAAUCGAUUAGUGCGCCCUGCAGCAGAUCCAAACGAUACGAUCCAUAUAGAAUUCAAACUGAAACUAAGCCAAAUCGUCGACGUUCACGCUAAAGACCAAACGCUAACCAUGAACGGAUGGUUGAUUCACCAUUGGUAUGACUAUAGACUCUCGUGGGACCCAGAGGAGUACGGUGGCGUAAAACAUUUUCAUUUGCCAGGCGAGAUCAUAUGGUUACCAGAUAUUAUCCUCUACAAUAACGCUCAUGGUAGCCCUUGGGUGUCAGUAAUCACAAAGGCAGAAGUCUACCACGACGGCAGGGUGACAUGGCAACCACCAGUGGUAUAUCAUUCGUUUUGCACAAUAAAUGUCGAAUGGUAUCCGUACGACAUCCAGCAGUGUGAAUUGAAAUUUGGCAGUUGGACGUAUAGUGGAACACAGCUUGAUCUUAUGCACCUACUCUCGGACGAUGUGCGCUACGUGGACCGCAACAAUGAGAGUGGUUGGGAUGUGGAAAGAGGAGUAGAUAUCUCAGCGUAUCAGGAAUCUGUGGAAUGGGACUUGAUGUCAGUUUUGGGCACACGUCAUGAAAAAUGGUACCCCUGCUGCGAUUAUCCAUCAAUCGACAUCACCUAUUACCUUCAAAUACGUCGGAAGAAGCUAUUCUAUACCGUUAACCUCGUCGUGCCGUGCGCAUCCCUCGCAGCGUUGACGUCGUGGGUGUUCUACCUCCCUUGCGAGAGCCACCAGAAAGUUCAACUCUGCAUCUCAGUGCUCGUUUCUCUUACUGUGUUCUUCCUUCUUUUGAUUGAGAUCAUUCCUCCAACAAGCGUUGCAAUUCCACUGAUCGUUAAAUAUCUAACGUUCACUAUGAUCAUGGUCUCACUCUCCGUAAUCUUCACCGUAAUCGUGCAAAAUGUACACUUUCGAACGGCUGAGUUCCCGAUGUCGGACUGGGUUCGUCGAAUUCUGAUCGACAAAAUAGGCAGAAAGUUGCUUAUUUCAAGAGCUACUGAGAAAGCAAAUUUUCAUCGAAAGGCCCAACACAACAAGCAAAUCAACGCCUUGUCAGCGAUGUCAAUUCUACAGAAGCAGUUCCAGAAGACUGUGUUUGAGAUCGAGAUGGCAUCGAAGGACAAGAAACAGAUGUCUGCUGUGAACGCUUUAUUUCUUGAGUUGCCGCUAAUGAAUCGGUCCAAGAGCGUAAAACAAGGACUUGCAUCUCCACUCAAACGCACAAUGACAGAAAGGUUGCGCCGUCAGCAGAGCACGCAACUAGGGACUUCUUUGGAACGUCAACAGCGGAGCGAAAGCCGUGGAAGCAGCGUACGAAAAAAACUGAGACGUGCGGAACGAAAUGUCCAGUACAUCGCACAGACGCUUACUGAAAGACGCCAGGCAGAGGAGGUGAUGAUUCGCCCAUUUUAUCGCCUUCGCAUUUUUCUCGAGAACCUUGUGAACAAAGCUCUACUCAUUUACUCGUUAGAGAACGCGACGCCUCCAUGCGCCACAUUCCUCUCUCCUAGUACAGUUCACGAAAACGAUGGCAUAGCGUAG